UAUCAGCAAGUAGAAAAAAAAAAAAAGAUUUGCUGAGACUCGGACUCGAACCCGAGUGCAUAAGAAUACCAAGCAACAACGUAGAUCGCGCCGCCACAAUCAUCGUUGAUGGAGAAAAACUGAAAGUAGCAUAUGUUUAUCGGGAGGCUGGGGUGGCUUGUUAGUUUAAUUUAGCUUUGUUUAAGCUUAAGCUUAACGUGUUUGUGUCGGUUUAACCAUAAUCCGUCUAAAAAAUUAAAGUUUUUAAUUAUGAGGGUUGAUUUCAUAAAGACGAUCAUGGCCACUGACAUCAAGGGCUUAGAGUUUAGUCUGUAAUAGAGUUUAUCGGUGAUUGUUUAUAAAUAUAUCAUUGUUUAUGAAUCAUAUUCACCGCGUAAGCCCGAAUCCUUGACAGUUACCGCCGCUUAUGUAAUUUCUCCUCUAUGCUCUGCCGCGCCGCGAUGUGAUUGUGUACUCUCUACUUCCCUCUUCGCCGCUGCUGCUGGUGGGGAAGCUAGUUGCGUACGGCCGCCCCUACUUCUCCUCCGCUGCUUCUAGAUGCGUAUAGUUCGGAGCGAAAACCGCAGGGCGGCGCUAGCUUACGACUGCAUAUCGCACGGCACGCUUUCGCCCAUGCUCAUCGGCGAUCUCUCCUCUAAUCUCUGUGUGUGUAUAGUUGUGUUUAUUGGUUGAGAAAUUUUCCCCGUACUGGAAAUAAAUAAUUGUAGUCAGUGUCAUAAUCAACUUGUGAAGAGAAAAAAAAUCUCUACGCUUGGCUACACCAUGACUGAACCCUGGAGUGUAGAACGGCUAUAUUUACGGCAGCUUCUACAAAAUUCAGAGAUUCCUUUGCCAGACAUAACCAGGAGAAUCAAGCGAUUUCAAAUCCACGAAAUAAACUGUGGAAGGAAAUAUUUUGGCGAGUAUCAUCACCUGUUUCCGAUAUUGAAAAUGUAUCCAGACAAGUUUAAGGAAUACACAAGGAUGAAGCCAAGUACCUUUGAGUAUUUGUUACUACACAUAAAACCGACUCUGACUAAAAAUUGGUGCAACCUCCAUACGCAACCAAUUCUGGAAGAGGAGCGCCUUGUAUUAACAUUAAGGUUUCUAGCAACAGGAAGCUCAUACACCCAUCUGGCUUUUUCAUUCAGAAUGGGCGUAUCCACUGUGUGCACAGUUAUUGAAGAAACAAUGACUGUCAUUUGGAAUAAAUUACAGCCUAUUCAUAUGCCAAUUCCCACUGCAUAUGAUUUUGGAAAAAUCGCUGACAGAUUCUACAAUAAAUGGGAUUUUCCACACUGCGUUGGAGCUAUAGAUGGGCGACAUAUAAGGAUCAAAAAGCCAGCAAAUUCUGGCUCACUAUAUUAUAAUUAUAAGAAAUUUUUUUCAAUUGUACUACAAGCUGCAGUUGAUGCAGACUAUAGAUUUAUAACUAUUGAUGUUGGAGGCUAUGGCCAUCAGAGCGAAGGUGGAACUUUUAAGGAAUCUAAGUUAUAUAAAGCAUUGGCAAAGAAAAUACUUAAAAUUCCAGAAGAGGAUGAGCUGCCCAACAGUAAUACCAUCUUACCUUAUUGUUUCGUUUGCUGAUGGAGCGUACCCUCUAAUGGAAAAUCUUAUGAAGCCAUUUCCUCAGAGAAAUCUUGAUAAUGUUAAAAAAUGUUUCAAUAAAAGAUUGUCACGGGCA